AUGUUUUCUCUCCCAGCCUUGGUAGCAGCAGCGGCGCUGGCGGGAAGCCAUGUGUCUGCUCAGACUCCCCAGGCGGUCACGGCAAGCAACGCCGGCACUUCCUUGACUUUCAUCUACCAGAACAACCUCAAUGCCUCCGAUGACUCCAACCACCGGGGCGCCAUCUUGCUCGACCCGAUGAGCGCGGCGGAUGGCAAGGCCGCAUGUGCUGCGCUGGGUGAGACUCUGCUGCCGGCGAGCACGAUCAAGAACCACAGGUCCGACUUCGUGCACUCGCUUGCUUACCUCGAGUUUGCGAAUCUGGCCAAGCAAGGCCAGCAGUUCUACAUCGACAAAGGCGUGGUCACCGUGACGGAGAACCCGGAGAAGCUCAAGUUCUCGAAGCACAACCCAGGCACUGGUGAAAUGCCGGUUCUCUGCUCGCAAUCCAGCAACCAGAACAACCCGAGCAACGCCAAGGCCAGUUCGUCGAACGAGAUCACGAUCAAGUCUUCCGGAAACACCUACGUUGGUUUCAGGAACCAGAAGUCCUUCCGAUUCGUUGGGAUCCCAUACGCCAACCAGCCCGGUCGCUUUGAGUACUCGACAGUCAACGACCAGAAAGGUCAAGUCAUCUCGGCAACCACCUACGGACCGGACUGUGCGCAGCAGUACGACAGCGGCAGUGAGGAGAACUGCUUGUUCAUGAACAUCCAGACGCCUUACAUUCCCAAGGCUGGCAGCAGGAAGAACCUUCGUCCGGUACUCAUGUCCAUCUACGGAGGUGGUUUCACCGGCGGAAACUCAGGACCUAACAGCGGACUGGACACUGGCAACUUGGCUUCUCGCGAAGACAUCGUGGGCGUGCAGUUCAACUACCGUCUGUCCACGCUCGGCUUCCUUGCUAUUCCAGGUACCAAGUACCGUGGCAACUACGGUAUCUCCGACCAGGUGACCGCACUUCGAUGGGUGAAGCAGAACAUUGCGCAGUUCGGUGGUGAUCCCAACCGCAUUACGAUCAUUGGCGAAAGUGCCGGUGCUGGCUCUGUCAGAGCCCUUCUCGGCUCGCCGCCAGUCAUCGAUGAAGGUCUUAUUGACGGGGCUGUUGCUCAGAGCAACCUCGGUGGCGGUGUGACUCUCGGACUCAAUGGCGAUUACGGCACUACUUACAGCUCCUACCUCACCGUUCAGCAAUCCUACAGGCAAGCAGGUCAGCAGAUCUUUGAGGCUGUGGGCUGCAACCAGACUUCGCUUCAAGACCAGAUUCGCUGCUUGAAGAACGUUCCGUGGUCAGACAUCCAAUCCUUGUCCACUGUAGCCCGUUACGUGGUCCAGGAUGGCUACUACGUCAAUACCGAGCAACUCGACGUCGUUAACACCAACGGCAGCACUGCCGACGUUCCUGUCAUAUUCGGCACGACUGCCAACGACGGCGCCAGCUUCUCGAACUUCCCACCGAAGAGCAUCACGAACGAAGCUCAAGGCAUCGCAGCCUCUCUUGGUAUCUCCCUCGACUACGCCCAGCAGAUCAUUCAGAGCGGCCUCUUCCCUUACUACGACACCGGCAACCUCACCCUCGACAGCUUCAACGUCUCCCAGCGCGUCGCCACCGACAAGACCUUCCGCUGCAUCGACGAGGCCACCGUCUACGCCGGCGCAACCAGCGGCGCCUUCGAAAAGGCCUACUACUACACCAUGACCCGCACCUACGAGGGCUACGACCCCAACGGCCUCGGCGCUACCGGUCUCUCCCAAGGCCCCAUCUCCCCCGCCUACCCCAACGGCAAUCCAGAACUCCCAUACUUCCGCCUGCACGGCUCCGACCUCGGCUUCACCUACGGCAACCAGAACCCGCUCCGCGACGCCAACGACUUGAAAGCCAGCCAGCUGAUCUCGGGCUAUUUCGCGCAGUUCGCGAAGACGGGUGACCCGAACCCUUCGCUGGAGUAUCUGAAGGUCAGAGGGUACACGAACACCACUCGAGGCGUGAAGACCAGCGGUCCAUGGAACGAGGUCUCAAGCCAGACGGGACCGACGAAGAAUCUGGACUGGCCGGCGCCGACCGUAGAGUUCCCGGAUCUGCCGCAGUGUGCGUUCUUGAACUACUCGAUUAGCUACUAUCUUGAUAGCAACAGGGGUUGA